AUGGCCCUGGGCUUGGCGCUGCUAACAUUGCAACUGAGGGCUCUCCAGGAGGACCAGGUGAACAUCAGCCUGGAGAAGGCGGCACCCACCCAGCAGCUGUGGGCCCAGGCCACACUGGUGGUACUGAAGGCCGGGAACUCACGGGCUGCUCCACAGGAGAGGCCCAGGAUGCCAUGGGUUGCUCCUCUUAAGGAUCUCCCUAUAAAUGCUGAGCAGGUCUCUGUUCCUCCUUGGAAAGCUAACAGUAAAUGGACUGCAUUCACCACUCAUGUUGAUGAAGCAGAAGAGCCCCCCAAGAAGCCCGCUGAAUGUAAAAAUGCCAAGCCUGAAGCUGUCCUGGCUUCUCAUUCAGUUAUUACUUUGCCAGGACAAAGGAACCCACUGGCACCUCUUGAUUAUCCAAUGGAUAGUGGCUUUGAGUCACCACAUACACUGGAUGUGCCAAUUGUCUUAGAAGAUGAAAAGUCGGUGAGUGUUAAUGAAGUCCUGGACUACCAUGAGGAUAUUCACAAAUAUGCCAGGGAAAUGGAGGUUAAACAUAAAACUAAAGUGGGUUUACAACCUGACUUCACUAACAGGAUGAGGGUUGUCCUUGUGGACCAGUUAGUUGAGGUAGGAGAGGAACAUAAACUACAGAAGACUCUGCAUUUGGCAGUGAACUGCAUCGAUUGGUUCCUUUCUUUAACAUCUGUGUUGAGAGGAAAGCUUCAGCUUGUGGGCACUGCUGCUAUGCUGCUAGCCUCAAAUUCUGUAGAAGUAUACCCACCAGAAGUGGUAGAGUUUGUGUACAUUAUAGUUGAUACCUAUAUUAAGAAACAAGUUCUGAGAAUGGAGCAUCUAGUUUUGAAAGUCCUUGCUUUUGACUUAGCUGCACCAAUAGUACAGUUUCUUACCCAAUACUUUCUGCAUCAGCAGCCUACAUACUGCAAAGUUGAAAGUUUAGCAAUGUUUUGGGGAGACUUAAGUUUGAUAGAUGCAGACCCAUACCUAAAGUAUCUGCCAUCAGCUGUUGCUGGUGAAGUCUAUCAUUUAGCAUUCUACACAAUCACGGGACAAAGCCAGCCAGCGGUGCUGUGCCAGCUGGUGAAGCCAUGGCUUGCAGACCAAGCUUUACAAGCUGGUGAGUACACAGGAUUUGUCUUACCUAUCGACUCUGAUUGGUGGUGUGUUGUUUGCAAAAGGAAUCUGGGCUUAGUGGGGAGGAAUGCUGUGAUGUCUAAAAGCUGGGAAGUGGGAGAGAUGGCACCUUGA